UGCGUCCAAUCUUCACGUGUGCCAAACUUGAAAGAGUGUUGUUUUUGUGCUAUAAUUUAACCAGUUUAAAUAAUUUACUACUUGCAAAAUUAGCAUACAGUGGUGAAUCGAAUCGAACAGUGCAUGUGUGUGAUUAAAAACAAAAAUAUUUACAGAAAAAAAAAAAUACGUUUGUUGGUUGCCGCGACCGCGUCCUAUUCGCAUCGUUCGCACGGUCGUCUUCAAUGAGACUCGAGUGUGAUAUUGGUGCUAUCAGUAGCUAACAACAAGCGUAGUGAAGUAGCUAUACAGGCGUGCUGUGCAGUGUUGUGCGUGUGUACUUUGUGUAUACCGUUUUUGAGUCAAGUGUUUGAGCCUAUUAUUAGUGUGGUGUAGCUGCGUCCGGAAUUGCGUCUGUAUGUGAGUGAGUGUGUGCGUGUGUGUGUCCAAGUUCUCAAUUAAGUCGAAUCGAUUCGAAGUUCCUUCAGCGCGUUGGUGGUAGCGCGGCAAAAGGCAAGUGUUCAAGAAGAAGUGAGAAGCCCCAGUCGACGAUCGUGUAGCGCGCCGGCGGCAGCUACUCAACGACAUCGACGACGAUUUGCGUUGCUACAUCGAUUCGUCGACGAAGCGCUGCGGUAUUGUGUUUGCGCGGGCAUUGUUAAAAACAAGUCCGCGAUAUUUCAACAAUUUCAGUGCGUUUCGAACGCUCCUCCAGCGCAGGACACGGUGAUCCCUUUCGGAAGUGAUUUUAUUUUUAUGACACCACCGGCAGCAAGCAGCAAAAAUCGUGUGGAUGCGCGUGUGUUUUGACGGGCUGUGCUUCGCGUCACGGCGCCCGGCCGUCGAGCAGGAGACGCAGACGGUCUUGUGCGGCGCAACCGCACUCGACGCCCAGCAGCUCGGCCGGCUGCUGAAGUACACGAACUUCGCGUCCCCAGCCGUACCACCCGUUGCCGCUGCGCCACGGUUCGGUGACGUACUGACAUCGGUUCCGGCCGCGAAGAAGACUGCCGCGUCGUCCGCGUCGGUUGCAGCGACCGCAUCAGUCAACGCGCACGGUUUCGCGAGUGCAGAUCGUUUGCCGCGGCGUAGCAGCAGUAGGUGCGAACAGUCUGCGACCGCGAGUGUUCCACGCGACCGCAACGAUCGCAACGGCAAGAUGAGUGACCAGAGCGCGUCGGCGGCCACGGUGCCGACGAACGCGUCUGAUACCGUCAACAACAAUCUGGACGCGGUCACUGUGAACAGCUACAAGCAGCUGGCGCAGCUGCAAGGUGACCAGCAAGUCCAGGGCAUCCUGCAGAACCUGUUCAUUAGUGAUGGGGAGGCGCUGGGGCUGUCGCCACAGGUCCAGGAGCUGCUCAAGGUCGUCCAGGCGAAGGACAUUCGCAUCCGUGAGCUGGAAGAUCUGUUGCGUCAGAAGCACGACGAGGUGGCGGAAUUGCGCAGCCACCUCGACAAGUUCCAGAGUGUGUUCCGUACGGGUGGUGGUGCGACGGGGGUGUCCCCCGGUGGUCGUAAGCUCGGCACACACGGAGGUGUCCAGAGACAGCGUGCGCAGGGCAUUUCGGCCGAACCUCAGAGCGAGAGCUCUGUGCUGGAGCUGAUGCACGUCACGUUCCCGAAGUAUGAUAAGGAAGAAAGAUCCCGUGAAAUAAUCAAAUCUGCCAUCCUGGAUAACGAUUUCAUGAAGAACCUGGAAAUAACACAGAUACGUGAGAUCGUUGAUUGCAUGUAUCCGGUACAGUAUGCUGCUGGGAGUCUCAUAAUUAAGGAAGGCGAUGUUGGCAGUAUUGUUUACGUGAUGGAAGAGGGUCGCGUUGAGGUGUCCCGUGAAGGCAAAUACCUGUCGACACUAUCCGGUGCUAAGGUCCUCGGUGAGCUAGCCAUCCUCUAUCACUGCCAACGAACGGCCACUAUUACAGCUGCCACCGACUGCAAACUCUGGGCUAUCGAGCGACAAUGCUUCCAGACGAUCAUGAUGCGAACCGGCCUGAUACGGCAGGCCGAGUACUCCGACUUCCUCAAGAGUGUACCGAUCUUCAAGAACCUCCCAGAGGAUACGCUCUGCAAGAUAUCCGAUGUGCUGGAAGAGUGUUACUACCAAAAAGGUGAUUACAUCAUACGCCAGGGUGCUCGUGGUGACACUUUCUUCAUCAUCUCCAAGGGUCAGGUGCGCGUAACGAUACGUCAACCGGACACGCAGGAGGAAAAGUUUAUCCGCACUCUUGGGAAGGGUGAUUUCUUCGGCGAAAAGGCUCUGCAAGGGGAUGAUCUACGCACCGCAAACAUAAUCUGUGACUCGCCGGAAGGAGUAACCUGUUUGGUGAUCGACCGGGACACUUUCAAUCAGCUGAUCUCGAAUUUGGAUGAAAUCCGAAACCGUUACAACGAUGAAGGAGUUAGCGAGCGUAAGAAAAUUUACGAAGAAUUCCGGGAUGUGAAGCUGUCGGAUCUGCGUGUCAUCUCCACGCUCGGAGUCGGUGGCUUUGGACGUGUGGAACUGGUUCAGCUUGCCCAAGAUAAAUCACGAUCGUUCGCACUGAAGCAAAUGAAGAAGGCACAGAUAGUCGAGACGCGCCAACAGCAGCACAUUAUGUCAGAGAAGGAAAUUAUGAGCGAGGCAAAUUGUGACUUCAUCGUGAAGCUGUACAAAACGUUCAAGGAUCGAAAGUACCUGUACAUGCUAAUGGAGAGCUGUCUCGGUGGUGAACUGUGGACUAUUUUGCGCGAUCGUGGGCACUUUGAUGACGGUACUACGCGCUUCUAUACGGCCUGUGUGGUUGAGGCAUUUGAUUAUCUGCACUCUCGUAACAUUAUUUAUCGCGAUCUGAAACCAGAGAAUCUGCUCCUUGACGUGUCGGGGUACGUGAAGCUGGUUGAUUUCGGAUUCGCGAAGAAGUUACAGUCAGGUCGGAAAACAUGGACAUUCUGUGGUACACCUGAGUAUGUUGCACCGGAAGUUAUUCUCAACCGAGGACAUGACAUUAGUGCUGACUACUGGUCACUUGGAGUGCUCAUGUUCGAGCUUUUGACCGGUACACCACCGUUCACCGGUGCAGACCCGAUGCGCACAUACAACAUCAUCCUGAAGGGUAUCGAUGCAAUCGAGUUCCCGCGCAACAUCACCCGCAAUGCCAGUGCACUCAUUAAGAAACUAUGUCGAGACAAUCCGACCGAACGUCUCGGGUACCAACGAGGUGGCAUCAGUGAAAUCCAAAAGCACAAGUGGUUUGACGGCUUCUACUGGGAAGGAUUGCGGAAUCGUUCCCUACCUCCACCAAUCUUGCCGAAGGUGCAAAGCGUCGUCGAUACCGCCAACUUCGACGACUAUCCGGCUGAUCCCGACGGUCCACCACCGGACGAUCUGUCCGGUUGGGAUGAUGAUUUCUAAGCUCCCCAAAUUUCAUUUCUUAAAAUCUUACGCGCUAUAACCUCCUAAAGUGUUGCUUUUGGUCCCGAAGUGCAAUGAACCGUAUUCUCGCACGUGUGUGUGGUUUUGUUCGUUCGAGGGAAUUUUGAGUGUUUUAAGGCCGAUGUUUAUUUGAAUGUGGGUUGAAUGAAUGUGCGCUGGGUUUUCGGUCAUUUAACGGGACGUAUGUUUUCAAACAUAAUUGUUGUAGCUUUUAUAAAUAAUUAUUUUUACAAAUUUUAUCAUUUUAUCCACUACCCAACAAGAGAAAGAAGAGCAAAUGUAUUUUUUUAUUGGGCAGAAAAGCAAAUAUGAAACCUAGAGACAUGCGAAAAUAAAUAUUUGAAUGACAAGUAGAGAAUUGAGAACAGCAUCGUCCAUGUCAUGUAGAUGAAGAGACUACGUCUUUGGUGGUCCAUAUCUUUCAUUCGCGUAAAAAUUGCGUUUAUGAAGUCGUCUAUCGUCUACAGGCAAUUGUUUUACAUGCCCACUAGCUAACAAAUUUUGUUCUUAAGCACGGCUAACCUACAUAUCCGGCAGGACUCUCCUUUGGUCACAUUUUAAAAUGAUUGUAAUGAUUCGUUGAUAGUGCAAGCAGCACUUUAUUAGCAUGUCCAGGUUUACCAACGGUAGGAUGGUUCGUUCGAAAUGAGUGUAUGUUGUUAAUGUUGUGCAAUCGAGAUUCUGUAAAAUAUACACAUUAAACGUCUGUACAUAAAAUGCGCGAUAAAAUCCAUGUAUAGAUGCAUAGUAGCACAGUUAUUGGUUUGCGAUUUAACGUUCACGAUCAUAGCAAAAGUGACGUAGUGAUCGCUUCUGUUUGGUCUGUAGUUUAACUGUUUUAAAAUAGGAAUGCGUUGUAGAAUAAUCAUGCAAACUAGUUUUCUUUCAGCAGCUGAUUAAAAAGCCGUUCGUUCUGAGAGACAAUAAAUUCGUAAUCCAUGUAUUCUGGGAAUAGUAUCCUUUAACCCUUUUAACCAUUAAAAAAGAAAAUAGUUAUGUAUAGAGAGAAACCAAGGGUCAAUUAAACAAUUUCUAAGCUUGGCAGUUUCAUCAAAUGUAAAAAGGCUACUGCUGGACUACACUUGCGGUUCCGAAUCGCACUUUUGAACACAAGCUUUGCGUAUUCCUUAAGGUAGCGAUAAUCGCUCGAGUGUAAACCAUUAUCUUCUGAACAUGU